AUGAUCAGCGACGACGAUGUUCGACACGCAUUGCAUGACAUUGGUUACGAUAUUACUUCAGACAAUUUAAACCUGCUUCUGAAAGGUAAUUUGCGUUCAUUUUAUUGUCUGUCUUACUUUUAUGUCUAAUCGAAAUGAGAUUACUUAACGUGACUUGUGUUCAGAAGUCUUAAGCAAUGUCGCUCCGGAAGAAAGUUUCUUUGAUAAUGGCUUGAUCGACUUGUCCAAAGAUGAUGCUCCGUUUUUUGAAGAACUGAAUAAGACUUCGUUUGAUAAUAAUGAAGUCUAUGACAAGCUAAAGGUAGGUCUUGGUUUUUUUAUUUUAGUUAACAAUGGAAUAAAUUUGCCUUUUAAAAAUAAGAAAUGUUGGAUAUUUAAGAGGUAGAGUUUAUAAUGUAUUUUUUAGUCUGAAUGUAAAAACUAUGCAGAGAAGGCGAUAAAGGAAGCGUACGAUUGUAUUAAGCGGACUUAUACUCAUAUGCUGGAAAUUGCCGAGGUACGUUGCUUUUAUUAUUUUUUGUUUUUAGACGUUAUUUACCAAUGAUUGCUGUUAAAAGACAAAAUAUACGAUCACAAUUUUGCAUGACUAUGUUUGCAGAUAUAUAAUUCAGUUUUUUUAAAGGGUCAAACAUAUCGGAAUGAUAGGUUUUCUGUUCUUUAUAAACCAUUUUCACAUCUGAAUCGUGUAGUUUCGAGAGAAUCAACGUCAAGCUUUGACGAUGCUGCUUCAGAUAAUACACUUGUUGCGCCGGAACAGAUACCAGCUCCUGUAGAUCCAAGUACCGAACGGGUGGUUAUUCAGGAGUUUAUGAAAGAUAAUUGUAUGUUUUAAAGUUAAUUUUUUUUAUGUUUAAAAAGUAGUAUGACAUCUGCUGAGUAAUCAUAUUGUGACUAGUACUUGUUAUUAGUUUAAUCAUAGUAUUUUUUUAUUUUACAUUCAGUUAUUUUAAGUGUAUAUUAUUAUAGGCCUCAGACCGAUAAUGUGCCCAGAACCAGGCCGCCUACCGUUCCAACAGGACCGUCUUCGAACCAUGGAGAAGUACAAGAAAGAAUGGGCAUUACGACCGCCUCCAGGUGAGAACAAGAGGCUGGCAUUGAGGUGGAAGAUCAGAGAAGCUUUGAUAAAACGUGACAUACCGGUCAUAAAACUGACAGAACAGGAUGAAAAUGUAAAUCUGCCUUCAAAGCCUGAUUGGCAAUAA